AUGACUAUAGUGCACGGUGAUAAGGACAAGCUGUGCCCGAUUGACUCUAGCAGGAGGUUGGCUUGGCGGCAUCUGAACGUGAAGCUGUUGGAGGUCCGGAGAGAGAACCGCAUUACAGUGGUGGUGGGUAGGGAGAAAGAAGUUGCGCAACAAAUUGUGGAGCUUGUUGAGGAACGCGCAUUCGCUGCCUGCGCGCGCAUUCGAUCCCCCCGCGCUCGCUCGCUCCUCCCGUGCGCACUCGCUCCCUCCGCAAGCAACUUCUCCCCAGCGCGCAUUCGCUCCCCCCGCACGCACUCCCUCCCCCCGCGCGCAUUCAGUAGCCCCGCACGCACUCCCUUUUCCGCCUGGGCUCGCUCGCACAUCGAUUGGGAGCCAUCGUCGUUCCCUCUGCUCUGCGCCCCGCGCACCCGCCCCUACUUUCCACCACUACCCAACCAUCCACCCUUGUCACACUUUCUCCUCUCCUCUUUCCCCCUCCCUCUCCUCACUCUCGCACUCCGUCCCACCCUCCCUCACCCCUCCCUCGCCCCUGCCUGCCCCAUGGCUCUCCCCAUCCCGUGGUGUGCGACUCACGUGGGCGGAGGUGGAGCCGAACAUAAUCUUCUUCGUCUUCGAGCUGUAGCAGAUCAAGGUGCGCUCCCACCCUGCCCUGGUGCCUCUGCUCCCUCUGCCCACUCUGCUGCCUAUGCUCCCUCCAUUCCCCCCCUGCAUCCCCUCCUUUCCUUCCCCUGCAUCCCCUCCUUUCACCCCUGCAUCCCCUCCUUUCCCCCCCUGCAUCCCCUCCUUUCCUUCCCUGCAUCCCCUCCUUUCACCCCCCCUGCAUCCCCUCCUUUCCCCCCCCUGCAUCCCCUCCUUUCCCCCCCUGCAUCCCCUCCUUUCCCCCCUGCAUCCCCUCCUUCCCCCCCCUGCAUCCCCUCCUUUCCCCCCCUGCAUCCCCUCCUUUCCCCCCCUGCAUCCCCUCCUUUCCCCCCCCUGCAUCCCCUCCUUUCCCCCCCUGCAUCCCCUCCUUCCGCCCCCCUGCAUCCCCUCCUUUCCCCCCCUGCAUCCCCUCCUUCCGCCCCCCUGCAUCCCCUCCUUUCCCCCCCUGCAUCCCCUCCUUUCCCCCCCUGCAUCCCCUCCUUUCCCCCCCCUGCAUCCCCUCCUUUCCCCCCCUGCAUCCCCUCCUUUCCCCCCCUGCAUCCCCUCCUUUCCCCCCCUGCAUCCCCUCCUUUCCCCCCCUGCAUCCCCUCCUUCCGCCCCCCUGCAUCCCCUCCUUUCCCACCCUGCAUCCCCUCCUUUCCCCCCCCUGCAUCCCCUCCUUUCCCCUCCUGCAUCUCCUCCUUUCUCCCCCUGCAUCCCCUCCUUUCCCCCCCUGCAUCCCCUCCUUUCCCCUCCUGCAUCUCCUCCUUUCUCCCCCUGCAUCUCCUCCUUUCCCCCCCUGCAUCUCCUCCUUUCCCCCCCUGCAUCUCCCCCCCAUCCACCGUGCCAUUCUGCCUACUACUGCAGGUGAAGUACGUGUUUGACACCAUAGCGCUGGCUGUUGGCCUUACAAUGGCUCUCAUCAACGGCCAAUCAUAG